CUGAUAUGCUACAGAGCCCACAGUCUGAAACAGAACCGGAGAGAAACGCCCCUCGCCGGAUUUCCACUGACGGUCUCCACAUCUCUGCAAAAUUCAGCUGUGAAAAUAAAGUUAACGUUGAAGUGGCUGAGAGGGACUAAACGCAUCUGUUUGUGGAAGUGGCGCUGAUGGCGGCUGGGUGGCUUCUUUAGGAGGGUCACUUCAGAGUAUUCGUAGAUUUUGCUGGGAGAAUAUAGCGUGUUGGAUGUCAUUCAGAAUAAUGGAUACGCUCAGACUGUCCACCGCUCUUCUCAUACUUCUGUCUUCUGUCAUCAGCUGUGGAAACACUAUACAGUUUCCGGACUCUAAACUGACCAGGAAAUGGGCGGAGCAGAUGCAGGAGGAGCUGGUGCAGUUAAUUGAUGCUGAGAGCGGCAUACAUGCUCUUAAUGAAAUUUUCUUGAAUCUUCGCAGACACUACACUGUGAAACACAACAAUGCACAGCAGCUGGUGGCAAAUGCUGCACAGGAAAUUGAGAAUCUCCUUGAGAAUCGAUCCAAAGCUCUGAACUCACUGGCCGAGACUGCAGAAAAGCUCCAGAAGGAACACCAGUGGAAGGAUGAUCUUGAUGAGAAUGACACCAUCUACUACAAUGCCAAGGGAAACAAUAAUGACACAGAGUCAAUGACCCACCACAACCGGAUCAGACUAGAAUUCAAAGAGGAUCCUGCAUUCAAAAGGGAUGUUUCCUACAACACGACAGCAGUGCACAUCCCAACCGACAUCUUCGAAGGCUCCAUGAUCAUUUUGAAUGAGCUCAACUGGACUGCGGGUUUGGAUGAGGUCUUCAGAAAGAACAAAGAAGAUGACCCGUCCCUCCUCUGGCAGGUCUUCGGCAGUGCAACUGGCUUGGCCCGAUACUUCCCAGCUUCUGAUUGGGUCGACAUGAAGAAAAAACCAAAAAGGAUUGACCUGUAUGAUGUACGCAGGAGGCCCUGGUAUAUCCAGGGUGCAGCUUCACCAAAAGACAUGUUGAUCCUGGUGGAUGCGAGUGGAAGUGUGUCAGGUCUGACUUUGAAGCUCAUUCAAACUUCUGUUAGUGAGAUGCUGGAAACGCUCUCUGAUGACGAUUACGUCAACAUCGUCUCUUUUAAUAGCUCAGCCAAAUCAGUUGCCUGCUUUGAUAACCUAGUCCAGGCCAACGUCCGCAAUAAGAAGAUUCUGAGGGAUGCGGUGAAGAAGAUCACAGCAAACGGCACAACGAACUAUAAAAUCGGUUUCAAGAAGGCUUUUGAUCAGCUGUCCUCAGUGAAUGUGUCCAGCGCUAACUGCAACAAGAUCAUCAUGCUGUUUACUGAUGGAGGAGAGGAGAGAGCAUCAGAGAUCUUUGAUGAUUACAACCAUGAUAAAAAAGUUCGCAUUUUUACCUUUUCAGUGGGCCAGCAUAACUAUGAUAAGGGGCCGAUUCAAUGGAUGGCCUGCACUAACAAAGGUUAUUAUUAUGAGAUCCCCUCCAUUGGUGCUAUUAGGAUCAACACCCAGGAAUAUCUAGAUGUGUUGGGCAGACCCAUGGUGAAAGAAGACAAGAAAGCCAAAAAUGUGCAAUGGACUAAUGUAUAUUUGGAUGCCUUGGAGCUGGGCCUCGUGAUUACAGGCACGCUACCAGUGUUCAACAAAACCAGCAACAGGAACAGUCGAGACAAGAAUAAGGACCUGAACCAGUUGAUUCUGGGGGUGAUGGCCAUAGACGUGUCUCUGGAAGAUAUCAAGAGACUGACUCCACGAUUCACUCUUGGCCCAAAUGGAUAUUACUUCGCCAUUGAUCCCAACGGCUACGUGCUGCUUCAUCCCAAUCUUCAGCCAGAGGAUCUGAAGUCUCAGGAACCUGUGACGCUGGACUUCCUGGAUGCAGAACUAGAGGAUGAUGUGAAAGUGGAGAUCAGGAAAAGCAUGAUAGACGGUAAGAAGGGUGAUCGGACUUUCCGCACUCUUUUAAAGUCACAAGAUGAGCGUUAUAUAGACAGGGGCGUCAGAACCUACACUUGGGGUCCAGUUGAUAAAACGGACUACAGCCUUGCUUUAGUUCUACCAGAGUACAGUCUAAAUUACAUCAAGGCCACAAUAGGAGACACCAUCACUCAGGCAAAAUUCUCUGUAAGCCUGCAGGUGGACAAAUUUGAAGAAUAUGGAUAUACCUUCAUAGCACCCAGGGAAUACUGCAAAGACCUGAAACCACAGAUUGUCAACAACACUGCAUUUCUCAUCAACUUCAUUGAGUACAUCGACAGGAAAACCCCCAACAACCCGCUAUGUAAUAUGGACCUGACAAACAGACUACUCCUGGAUGCUGGCAUCACCGCUGAACUGGCCAAACACUGGAGCAAACAGGGGCCGAAUGACAGAAUCCGGGCAAAGUUUGUGGCCACAGACGGCGGUGUCACAAGAGUUUAUCCUGCAAGUACUGGUUCAGAAUGGACCGAACAGGCAGAAACAUAUGAGUGUAGUUUCUACAAGAGAAGUCUGGACAAUGAUGUUUACAUGUUUACAUCAACACCAUACAUGACCAAUGACACUCAAGAGUCUGUUUUAGUGAGCAGAGCGAUGGACCUGAGAAUUGAUGAAUUCAAGUUGAAGCCAGCCGUGGUUGGGGUAAAACUGGACGUGCAGACCUGGAUGGACAGCUUCAUGAAUGCUACAUUAUCAUCAAAGUGUGAUGGUGAAAUCUGUGGGUGCAGAAGGAAUGACAUGUUUCUAGACUGCGUUCUACUAGACGACGGAGGCUUUCUCGUCAUGGCCAAUCAGGACGAGUACAUCAGUAUGAUCGGGCAGUUUUUUGGUAUGAUCGACCCCGACCUAAUGAGAAAUUUGCUGAACGAAUCCCUGUUUUCCGUCAACAAAACCUACGACUAUCAGGCCCUCUGUGAGCCCACCAGAGAAACUAAAGCUGCCGCUGGCCUCAGAUCAGUCUAUGUGCCCACCAUAGCUGACAUCCUGAACGUUGGUUGGUGGGCUUCAGCGGCUGCCUGGUCAAUAUUGCAGCAGUUUUUUGUCAGCAUCACUUUUCCUAAUUUCCUCGAGGCAGCUGACCUAGACGGUGAUCUGUCCAGAAUUCCAUCUAAGGAGAGUUGCAUUAAAGAGCAGACUCAGUAUUUCUUUGAAAACAACGAGAUGAGCUUUAAGGGUACUGUUGAAUGUCUGAACUGCUCCAGACAGUUCAUAGCUGAGAAACUUCUGAAGACUAAUCUGGUGCUUAUAGUUGCUGACGCACAGAAGAGCUGCCAAAUGUGUGAAGAGCAGCGAUUCUCCCAGGAAGAGAAGCCUUCUCCGGGUCCAGAUCCCUGUAAAUUAGCCCAGAACCCACGGUACCGGAAAGGUCCAGCAGAAUGCUUUGAGAACAAUGCAAGUGAACUGGAUGCGGAUUGUGGUGGUGCGUCAGGUCUGACUCCGCCUAACGUGUCUCUGGCCAUCCUCCAGCUCCUGCUGCUCUGGCUUCUGAUUGGACGGGGACACUGCCUAUCGUGACCUCAACAUAGAGAGGCCACACCCCUUGACAGUGCCAAAACAUCUUCCAGAUCCAGCUGUGCAUUUGAACGUUCAUCCGAACUCCCACGCCUCAACCCGGCACAUGUAGUGAGAGGCUCUGACCCAGGAAGUAGAAACCCAUGCCGUGAUCACUCACAGCCUUUGAGGUCAGAGCGGGUCAGAGAUGAUAAAUGAGCAACGGCCUUUGACAUUUGACCUCUGAGGUCAAACUCUCUCCACAUGGGCGACAAGGUGGGCAGUCAUACCAAGGUGGGCAGAACUUGGCUGUUCAUCGACACAUUGCCAUGGGGGAUAUAUGUCCCGUAAUGAUCCAACACAACACUGCCAACCAAAGUUCUACCAGUGUGUUGCCUUUUUUAAUAUUUUUGUCCUCCAACAUAUUUACAGCGGCUAAUUCCUCAGUAUAACAAACUGUUUAUAUGUGACUUUUAUGGCCAGCUCACAUUUGUCCUGCUGAGAUAUUUUAAUGGAGCCCCAUGGUUGGGUCAAAAUCUUGUUUUUGGUCUGUAGCCCAUUACUGAAAAAAAAAGGACAAAUGAGUGACUGACCCAAUGGCAAAAGUCUCUUGUUUUUCCCAGUGGUUUCCACGUCUGUGCCUCGGGAAUAUCAAUUUCAUUUCCCACCGCUGUGUGAGUGAUUAAUCCCUCCCUCCAUUCGUCUGUGGGUACUCGUUUUCGCUAUCAUGCAGUGAUUUUUAUUCAUCCAUAGUAAAUUCAAAACGUGCACUGCUGCCAAACAUUGCCCUGUGUGUGUGUGUGUGGUCUCGCUGUACUUUGCACUUGAUUCCAAGCAGGUCGUUUGGCUGAACAGCCCUUCUAUAUGUAUUUUGGGCUUUUUAAAUUACAGCCAAUUCACACUGACCUAAAAACUUGCAACGAUUUUUCUGGUUAUAUAAGUCAUAGCUGCAUUAAUCCGAAAAGAAAAGUCACCGUUGCAUGUGUGUGUUUUGUUUCUUGACACAUUACCUGUUUAUUUUAGAAUAUUUAAAGGGAGAGUUUACUCAAAAAUGAAAAUUCUGUCAUCAUUUACUCACCUUCAUAUUGUUUCAAACCCGUAUGACUUUUAUUCUGCUGUGGAACACAAAAGGAGAAUGUAAAAUCUGUCAGUCAGCAUUCACUUUCUUUGCUUUUUCUUUUUCAAACAAUGAAGGUAAAGACUUACUAACACUAUCAUCUCCUUGUGUGUUCCGCAGAAGAUGGAUGUCAUACAGGUUUGUAAUGACAAGAGGGUGAGUGAAUGAUGACAGAAUUUUCCUUUUUGGAUGAACAAUCCCUUUAAGUUAUUAAAACUAGUGGUUUAUUUUUAUUUUUAUUACAUUUUUUGCUGUACAUGUAAUGAGUUUUCUGUACUAUAUUUAAUGUGCGUGUGUGUGUGUGUGUGUGUGUGUGUGUGUGUGUGUGUGUGUGUGUGUGUGUGUGUGUGUGUAUUUGCCUCACUUCACUAAAUAUCAUCUGAAAAGCUCGAAAAGUGGAAAGAAAAUUAAGUAAUGUUUACAGAUUUUUCUUUUUGUGGGGGGGGGGUGUUAUAUUAUAAAUGUGGUCUCUGGUUUUGCUGUUUUUUGGGGUUUAUUUAUUUGUCAUUCUCUGAUAUGACAGCUCUGUCAACCGUUUCUUCCUGUCAGUGUGCCUUGAUGUAAAUGGAUCUAUAUAAAAAUACAGCAAGGAAAAUUACUAUGUACAAUCUGACCACGAUCAUUCUGAAAACAUUUGGGUCAAAAUCUUACAUUUAUAGAACAAUCAAAAGAGAGUUUUUGAGAUAUUUGACAAGAAUAAUGACCAUCAUAAAAAAUUUUUUUAUAUUAUUUUGGUCUCCACUAAUCCUGAUUUUGUGGUCACAUUUAAGAUUUAAAACAGUAAAAUGACUCUAAAGCAUUACUAGAGGUGUUCACACUGAUAGUUAUUUGCAAUUAUUCCUUCUAGCAUCCAACAAUAAAGUGAUUUAGCAAAAGAGGUAAAAAUUUACAGUUUUUCUCGAGCGAUUUUACGCAUAUCUCCAAACUCAGAUCACUGCUCUCAAAACAAGUAACACAGUAUGAAAAAGAAGAAGAGGGAGGAAUGGCUUUGGAAGAGGAAGAGCAGGGACAACUAGACAUUUAGAGAAAUUUGAUAAGAACACGUGGAAAAAGGUCUUUACUGUGGAUUUUUAUGAUAAACGUGUUAAUUCAAUAGUAGAGUCGUGUGUCUAUAGCUAAACAUAUUAUGAAUUUAAUAGAGAACACAUCUAUUGAUUUGAUAUUAGUAUUUAAUUUGAAUAAAUGCAUUAUCAGAAAAGAAUACAUUGCUUCAUUAUGCAGUAAAAUUUAAUUGUUCUGCAAAUUUGAGUGUCUGUUUCGACUGUGAAAAACUGUCAAAUAAGUUUCCAUUUGUUAAUGGAUUAGGUAUCAUGAACUAACAGUGAACAAUAUUUGAAAACAUCAUUUGUUAAUCUUGAUUAAUGUUAUUUUCAACAUUUGCAAAUGUAUUGUGUGUGUAUCAGUGUGAAUGCCCCUUAAUAUGGAUGUUUACUUGUCAAAAAGGAAAAGACAUGCAAUUCAGAGGGAGGUAUGAAAAUUAUGAUUUUCCAUCUAAGCCUUUAGUACUUGGUCAUUAUUGUUUUUAGAAGAGAGGGAUACCUAAAGUUAGACCAAUUAUCGAUAAUGGAACUGAUCUAAACUAUGCUGUGCAAAGAUACGUGAUUUCUUGUUGUUAAUAACCACAGAAUCUUUGUGCAUAGUUUUUUGUUUUGUUUAUAAUUGUGCAAAAUUAAGCUUGGAUCUGUGUCAAACUGAUUUUAGUGCAGCUUUAAUUACCAUCACUGUGCUCUUUAUAAAAACAGGAAAUUAAAAGUAAAUGAACCUUAUUACAUCUAACCUGAGAUGUAGAAUCCCGUGGGCAAUGCCACUGCUACUUCACGCAUUAUGUCCUCUCUUUACAUGAAACGAUUGAAAACAACAUGAUUGGACUGUGUGGAUUUGGCUUGUGUUUAAAGACAUCCUUCUAAAAAUCUUUCCAUUAUUCAUUACUGUUCAUCGCUUUGUUGUAAUUAGAUAAGCAUUCUAGAAGUGACGUGCAUUAAAUCUGUGUUUUCCCACAAACACUGCAGUUAAUUUGCUGCAUCAAAAUGAGAAAUGACUGAAAAUAUCCUCAGCUCCAGGUCGUUAACUUGAAGGCAGAUCAAUUACUCUCAAUACAAUCACUGAAUUUCCAGCUAAUUUAAUAUCAUUUUGUUUACCAAUGCUACACUAUGCUGAAAAAGAUGUUUUAACUUCCUCCACCUGUUGUCUACCUAUACUUAAAGUGCCAUAGAGUUCUGUUUUUCUGCAUAUUUGUCUUAAAAAAAAACAGGAAACUGUCACAAAUUGUUUUUGGGGGGCCAUUCAUACAGAAAAUGUUGAUGUAUCCGUCUGUUCAAUUGUUUUUAAAUGUAAACAUGCACUAGAUGGACGUAUUUGACCAUUGUGAUGCAUCCUGCUAUUUUUUUAGUGUCUAGCUUCAACUUUUAUCUUUUUUACUUAAACUUUUAUCAACUUUUCUUGGGACACCUGUGUUCUGUUCUAUUUAUUAUGCUACUUCAAGCUAUUUUUAAGCACAAUAAUGCGUCUGCCCUGAAUGGACUCUUAAUCAGUAUUCUUGUCAUUUUACAGUAAAAAUAUCUAAACAUCCUUAAAAUGUCAUAAAUUUAAAUGAGCUUAAUUCAAAAAUAUACAAAAUAGAUUUUUGAAUUAUGUUUAUUUGUCUUAUCCUGUCUUGUAUUAAGGCUGUGUAGAUAAAAAUACUAAUUAUAGUAAGAUUUGUUUUUUUUGUUUGUUUGUUUUUUUGCAGUGUAUUUACCUGUGAUGAUACUCAAAACUUUAAUGCAAAUGCAAAAAGAAGAAUUUUCACUCUGUGUUCUCAGACUUUUGGAACCCUCUGAAUAUAUAGUUACUCAGAAAAUACAUGAGAUACAAAUAAAUAAUUAAUUUUACUUCCAGUUGAUAUUUAAGAGCAGCUCUCCAAGUUCAGAUGCUGUCACCUCAGGAAUAGAAUAUUCACAAAUUGUGAUUCAAAGUGUUUCAUGGUGCAGAUGUAUAUGUGCUCUCUCUCUCUCUCUGUUAUCUUUUCUCUCUCUCUGGACUGUGUGGGUUUUGAUCUCUGGAAAUCUCAGAUAGCGUGAAGUGUGUUUAAAGUAGUCAGUCAUGUUCCUGCUGCCUCCGCUUGCCUCUUGGCUGACCGUCAAUCUGCCUCAGUCAGGGUUUUGGAGGACAUAUCUGUGAUCUUAUUUUCAGUUCCACCUCAUUCUAUUUAAUGCUGUGGUUCUCAACUGGUUUUGCUUCAGGACCCAGAUUUUACAAUGGACAUCAAGUGGUGACCCAACACUGUUCCAAAUGUAAACUGUAUUUAAUUUAGGCUGGGUCAUAGUUUAUUUUUCCUUUCAUUUAUUUUUUUUAAUAGUUUCCAAAUCUGAGAGUAUGUCAUGCAACCUGUCCAUGUCAAAUAUUUGCUACAUUUUACAUUUAAAGUUCACCCAAACAUGGAAAUUCCCUCAUAAUUGAUUCACCCUCAUGCCAUCCUAUGUGUGUAUAACUUUUUUCUUCUGCUGAUGACAAAUAAAAAUUUUAGAAGAAUAUCUCAGCUCUGUAAGUCAAUACAUGCAAGUGAAUGGUGACCAGACCUUCUAAACUCCAAAAAUUACAUGCAAUCACUUUGAGUGUGAAAAAGACCAAUAUUUAAAUAUUUUUUCUUGUUUUUUUUCCUUUUCUUUCAUUUUUUAUUUAUUUAUUGUUUUUUUUGCAAUAAAUCUCUACUUUCACUUUUUAAAAUUUGAAAGCAAAUGUGGAGAUUUAUAGUAAAAAUGGACUGACCUGUUUUUUAAACAAUGGAGUCUUGAAUUACUUUUAUAGUGCCUUUAUGUGAUUUUUGGAGCUUGAAAGGUCUGGUCACCAUUCUCUUAUAUUGUAUGGACCUACAGAGCUGAGAUAUUGUUCUAAAAAUGUUCAUUUGUGUUCUGCAGAAGACAGAAAUAAUACACAUCUGGGAUGGCAUGAGGGUGAGUAAAUGAUGAGACAAUUUUUAUUUGUGGGUUGAACUAUCCCUUUAAGUGACAGAAUCUGCAUCACAAUAUUGUGGAGUUUUGAUUAGUCCACAGAUUUUGUCGUCAACAACAAAAGAUAAUUUUUUUUGUACGUUUAUAAGCCCAUUUAUUUCGAAAUUCUAACUAUGGAUGAUUAUAUAGUUAGUUGCAUUUCAUUAUUCAUUAGCACUGUUUUUUUUCCUAUCAGAACAGACCUGCCACCAAUUUUUGGGUCACGACCAACAAGUUGAGAACCGCUACCUGGAAGUAUAAUAUUCGUGUGAAUCUCGAUUCGCCUGAAACUGUGUGUAAAUUUGUACAAAAGCAUUCUUUAAAAUGGAAAUUAUAAAGAAAGCCUACUGUUCAUAAUCUUAAAAUGGUCUCAAUUCAUGUCCAAGUAUAUUCAGAAUAAAAAUGAGGUUUAAUAUUAUUUCGAUUAGUGCUGUGUUUUUUGCCUUGACUCUUUUGACCGU